AUGUUUAGCGCCUUGAUCGGUGCGAAGCGUGUCGGCGCCGACCUCAAUGACUUCGCAUGGCUCGAUGGAAGCCCGUGGGCCUUUCACCCGUGGGCAAGCGGUGAGCCCAACAAUGCAUUUGGCCGGGAACACUGCCUCGUGAUCUACACCGAUGAAAUUAUCAGCCAGGAUAAUCCUCCACCAAGGCCCUAUCUGCACAUGUGGAACGAUGUCGACUGCGAUGCUCACUAUCGUGUUGCUGUCUGCAAAAAAGCUGCGCUCGUCGUUUGCUGGCACUGCAACUGGAUGUCACCAACGAAAUACGCGAUUCCAAUCGACGAAGACGACCUUGAGCGGCUGAAGGAGCGUUGGGUAGUCGUGAAGGAAAGCACGGUCAUGUCCAUCAUGCCUUGCGCCGGAUACGAAAAAGCGGAAGCGUUUCGGCUCGAGCUCGAGGCCCUCAAGCGGGAGUUUGAUGACAUCAGAACAGGGACCAAGCGCCAGGUAACGUUAGUCCCAAAUACAUAUGUAUUCUGCGAGCGGAAUAAACUCCACGAUGUACUGCCG